CAAAUUCAGAUUUAUUCCCCUGUCUCUGUUUUGCAUUUUUACGAGGGAGCUGGAAGUUAUCAGCAAAUUGUGGUGUGUGUGUGUGCCUACAGUGGUGGAGAGAUUCCUGUUGCUAGCAGUUGCUGUUUUGUCUCGCAGCUUAAACCAGGUGUUUUCCGUCCUGCCAAUUGCAAACCAAGCCCGCCGGUCUAUCAGUCCAUCCCGGCGUGUAAAGUGAUUGAAAGGUCUGAUGAACAGCGCGGCACACAAGUCAGCGGAGAGCAAGGCAUUCUGUAAUGGCAGCAGGAACAGAAGGCUUGGAAGGCAUAGUCUUAGGACCCAGCCAGAUCAGCAUGUCCGUCACUGACACCACUGCAUGGGCCACAGCCAUGAACAACUUGGGGAUCUCCCCAGUACCACUGGUAUCAGAUCCCAUCUGCGUGCCUGCAUUCGAACACAGCCUCGGGCUCGUGACGGGGAUGGCCCCAGUUAACCCGACGAUGACCGGGCUAAGUUUACUGCGACCAGCGGUCCCCCAGGGAUUACCAGUAGUGAAGGAAAUCAUCCACUGUGCCAGCUGCACGCUCUUUCCCGCAAACCCAAACCUCCCCCCUCCGGCCACCCGGGAUCGGCCGCCGGGCUGCAAGACUGUGUUUGUGGGGGGCUUGCCGGAGAACGCCGCUGAGGAAAUCAUCCGCGAGGUCUUUGAGCAGUGUGGCACCAUCACAGCCCUUCGCAAAAGCAAGAAGAACUUCUGCCACAUCCGCUUCGCUGAGGAGUUUAUGGUGGACAAGGCCAUCUACCUGUCAGGUUACCGUAUGAGACUGGGUUCAAGCACGGACAAGAAGGACACUGGCCGCCUGCACGUGGACUUCGCUCAGGCCAGGGAUGACUUCUAUGAGUGGGAGUGCAAGCAGAGGAUGUUUGCGCGCGAAGAGCGUCACAGACGUAUGUUGGAGGACGAACAACUGCGGCCCCCCUCGCCAGCACCCAUUGUGCACUACUCUGAGCACGAGGCUAGCCUCAUGGCCGAGAAACUCAAAGAUGAGAACAAGUUCUCCGAGGCCACCUCAGUGCUGCUGGCCUGGUUCGAGCGCGGGGAGGUGACGAGGCGCUCGGCGAACAACUUUUAUUCCAUGAUUCAGUCCGUCAACAGCCACAGCCGGAGACUGAUGAGCGAGAAGGCAGCUCACGAGCAAGAAAUGGAGGACGCAAAGGACCGGUUCAAAAACGCUCUCUCGGGGAUCCUGACCGGACUUGAGCAGAUUGUGGCCGUUUUCAAGGCUGCUUCGAAGCAAAAGGCAUGGGACCAUUUCUCCAAAGCUCAACGCAAGAACAUUGAUGUAUGGCGAAAGCAAGCUGAGGAGGUCAGAAAUGCACACAGUGAAGAACUUAUGGGAAUUCGUCACGAAGAAGAGAUGGAAAUGUCUGAUGACGACUAUGAAGAAAGCCCAUCUAAAAUCCCCAGAGUAGACGAAUCAGCUCUGGCUGCCCAGGCCCGUGCACUGAAGGAGGAGAAUGACAGUCUGAGGUGGCAGCUGGAUGCCUACAGAAAUGAAGUGGAGCUACUGAAACAGGAGCAGGGGAAGUUCUAUCGAAUAGAGGAAAGCCACACCAAGGAUCAGCAGCUGCAGUUCCAACAGCAGGCAAUGCAGGGCAUGCAACAGCAACUACUCGCUCUGCAGGAAGAAUACAGAAAAAAGGAAUUGGAACUGGAGAAAAUAAAGGAGGAAAAAUCACAAGUACAAGCAUUGCUUGCAAGUCUUAAAGAAAAGGAGACGAAUGGGUUCGCCCAGAGCAGGAAGACCAGCGAGGGGGGUGCUGCCACUCUGUCCCUCAAAUCAGAGAAAGAAGCUUUAUUAGUGGGUAUCAUAUCGGCUUUCCUUCACGUCCACCCAUUUGGAGCCAACAUUGAAUACCUGUGGUCUUAUUUGCAGCGACUGGAUGCCAAGAUAUCUUCAGGAGAAAUCGAGACCCUUCUCCUACAACUGCCAAACAUGUUCAAGCAAGAGUUCACUGGUGUUGGAGCUACACUGGAGAAAAAGUGGAAAUUCUGCGGUUUUGAAGGAAUUAAGUGCGUCAGCCAAUGACCUGAAAUGGUGCACCAUAAGGGAAAAAACUCCAUGGAUUUCAGAUUCUAUUCAGGUUUAUGCAUCAGCAAGCGUGAAAUUUAAUGAUUAUGGAUUAAAGGCACAGAGCUGACUAGACCUGAGGUCUAAUUACUAUUUUUACCAUGUCUCUGGUGGCCGGUAACCUCUAAGUACCCUGGUGCCUGACCAAUAUCAGAACAUAGUGACCCUGCCAAGUCCUUCAUUCAACAAACUCAUCAUCGGACUUUAAUCCAUGAAGAGUGAAGGGAAAGGCACUCAGAGAGCUUGGGGAGGGGUUGGUCGGAUCAGUGGGGGGUGCUAUUAGGGGUUUGUCAACACAUCAUGGGGAGUAUAGUUGGAAUGAACUGAAAUCCGUGAGGGUGCAGGAGAGAGGUAAUAUCACAAUAACACAGCUGAAGGAAUAGACCAUGGGGCUUGGAUGGUGGAGAAGGAUGGGGAAAAGUAGGGAAGUGGGAUUCAGAUCCCCAGGCAGAAGAAUAGACUUAGAUCCCCCAGUAGGCCUUGGUUGAACUUUGUUUUAUGCAGCAGCUCUGUUGGUGAGCCAGAUGCUGUGAGCCUUUCUCACACUGGAGCUGUGGCAAGACUUCAUGGCCCAAUCCACAACAAGCGCUAUAUAAAUUUGGUGGCCUUCCUUUCUAAUGCACCCUAGGGGCUGGGAACAGCUGCUUUGGUCGUAUGUUGGAACCCUGCUCUGGGACAAGGGAUUGGACACCUUCAGCACCAA